AUGGCGCCGAUAACUACUGCCUCAAACGACGAGACUCAUGCCGCCCUCCUCGAUCAACUCGACAUGCAAAAGCUACCCAAACCCUUCCGCAACCCCAACUGGAAACCACCGCAACGUCGCAACAAGAAUCUCAAACAAAUAUUGUCGGAAGCACAACGAGCACAGCAGAGUAUCAUGAAUACACAGCAGAAUUCUGGCGCCACGACGCCUCAACCCGUGACCGACGGCGAAGCCACGACAGCUAGUCUAAACCCGAACCCUGCGCAAGGAAGCCAGGACUUGAGCAGGUUGGUAUUAGAUAAAAAUGCUCGGCACGCGAAUGGAGGAGGACUUGCUGUACCCUCCAAUAUUAUUACGGGACCUAGUAUUACGUACACCAGUAUUCAGGCACCACCGAGUCUGAAGCCUAAGACAAAGUACUGCGAUAUCACCGGUCUGCCUUCAAGGUACAUAGAUCCAAAGACUGGAUUGCAGUACUAUAAUGCCGAGAUCUAUCAGAUAAUCAAGGGCUUGAACACGGCACAGGUCCAAGAGUAUCUGGCCAUACGAAAUGCGAAUACUGUGCUGAAAGCGGCAGAGGCAGAUGGCGAGACCAUCACCGCAUGUUCAACGCGUCACCGAGAGGGACAAUCGUAUGAAGAUGCAGACAAUAUCACUACAUCGUCAAAGCAUGCCUUCGAGCAUGUUGCAUCACGAUCAGGAAGUAAAUCUAGUGCAGAGGCAUCUCGAGUGAGGCGAAGACCACGGGGAUUCAAGAAGCGCAAGACUUAUAGAAAGCUGCUGGAGAGCGCUACUUCAGAUGAGCCAUCCACUUCUGCAGAACCCGCAUACACUAAGUCCGAAGACGGUGAGCUUGGCGGUGUCAGCGAGGACAGCCAGAGCACAACUCCAAAGCGUGCCAAAACCACAUCCAGAGCGAAUGGGACGUCUGCUCCCAACGCAGCAACACGGACUGGGAGGAAGCGAGGUAGAGCAGAGUUGGACCAGGAAGCCGAAAAUUCGGAUCCGGACCGCGAAGACGAAUUGCAAGGAGAUGCCUCGGAUCGCUAUGACGAAGAAGCUGCAUUGGAAUUGUUGAACUUGCAUCGCCAGGAGGCGUACCACGACGAGCGACAUAGGAGGAUAAUGGAAGCUCGCAGAUUAUCUCAAAUUAAGCAAGCUGCUCAGGUAAAGCAAGCAGAAGAUACUACGCCAAAGUCGGAAGGGCGUCGUGGAAAGUCGAGAAAGCCGCGCUGGAUGACGGAGCUGGAACAUGCAGACCCUGACCCAGAGGUCGACACUAUCAAUAAUGGGCCGAAGCAUAGCAAACGCCAGUCGGGCAUGCGAGAGACCGGGUCUCUGCUUGGCUUGAGAAGUACGAGUCAUGGGGCGAGGAGGUGGAGUGAUCCUAACGUCCGGCGCUAG